GCCGAGGUCCCGGAUUUCCCAACACACACAAAAAAAACGGUCCGGCCGGGUCCCCAUCAAGGCCGAGGGAGCCCCUGUCGGCUUCGCGGCCGCUGCCGCCGCCGUCCUCCGAUACCGAGCUGCUCCGCGGGCUCGGCAUGAGCGGCGCUAGGAACAAUCGGGUGAUGAUGGAGGGAGUCGGGGCCCGGGUGGUGCGGGGUCCCGACUGGAAAUGGGGCAAGCAGGACGGCGGAGAGGGGCAUGUGGGCACCGUCCGGAGCUUCGAGAGCCCCGAGGAGGUGGUGGUGGUCUGGGAUAACGGCACCGCCGCCAACUACCGCUGCUCCGGGGCCUACGACCUGCGCAUUCUGGACAGCGCACCGACAGGAAUCAAGCAUGAUGGAACAAUGUGUGAUACGUGUCGUCAGCAGCCGAUUAUUGGCAUUCGGUGGAAGUGUGCAGAAUGUACAAAUUAUGACCUUUGCACAGUUUGCUACCAUGGUGAUAAGCACCAUCUGAGGCACAGAUUCUAUAGAAUCACUAUUCCUGGAAGUGAAAGAGUUUUGCUGGAGUCUCGGCGGAAGUCGAAGAAGAUAACAGCAAGAGGCAUUUUUGCUGGUGCAAGGGUAGUACGUGGAGUGGAUUGGCAGUGGGAGGACCAGGAUGGGGGCAAUGGACGUAGAGGAAAGGUGACUGAAAUUCAAGAUUGGAGUGCUUCUAGUCCUCACAGUGCAGCGUAUGUUUUGUGGGACAAUGGAGCCAAGAACUUAUACAGAGUGGGGUUUGAAGGCAUGUCUGAUUUGAAAUGUGUGCAAGAUGCAAAAGGAGGUUCCUUUUACAGAGAUCAUUGUCCCGUUCUAGGUGAACAAAAUGGGAGCCGGAACCCUGGUGGCCUCCAGAUUGGUGAUCUUGUAAAUAUUGAUCUGGAUCUAGAAAUUGUUCAGUCGUUACAACAUGGGCAUGGUGGUUGGACAGAUGGCAUGUUUGAGACAUUAACUACCACUGGCACAGUUUGUGGCAUUGACGAAGACCAUGACAUUGUUGUACAGUAUCCAAGUGGGAACAGAUGGACGUUCAAUCCUGCAGUUCUGACCAAGGCUAACGUGGUUAGAAGUGGAGAUGCAGUACAGGGAGCGGAAGGUGGAUCGUCACCAUUUAAUGUUGGUGAUCUGGUUCAAAUUUGUUAUGACCUGGAGCGAAUCAAACUUCUUCAGCGAGGUCAUGGAGAAUGGGCUGAAGCUAUGCUUCCUACAUUGGGGAAAGUUGGACGUGUGCAGCAGAUUUACUCUGAUAGUGAUCUGAAAGUAGAAGUGUGCGGGACAUCUUGGACUUACAACCCUGCAGCUGUUACUAAAGUGGCGUCGGCUGGAUCUGCUGUGAGCAAUGCUUCUGGUGAGCGCUUAUCACAACUAUUGAAAAAACUAUUUGAAACACAAGAAUCUGGAGACAUCAAUGAAGAACUUGUUAAAGCUGCAGCCAAUGGUGAUGUUGCAAAAGUGGAAGAAAUAAUGGCACGGCCAGAUGUUGAUGUGAAUGGUCAGUGUGCAGGACACACUGCAAUGCAGGCAGCAAGCCAGAAUGGACAUGUGGAUGUCCUGAAGCUUCUUCUCAAACACAGUGUUGACUUAGAAGUUGAGGAUAAAGAUGGGGACAGAGCUGUUCACCAUGCGUCAUUUGGGGAUGAAGGAGCUGUUAUUGAUGUUUUACACAGAGGAGGAGCAGAUCUAAAUGCUCGGAAUAAGCGGAGACAGACUCCGUUGCACAUUGCUGUAAAUAAAGGUCAUUUGCAAGUUGUUAAGACUUUGCUAGAUCUUGGAUGCCACCCAAGCCUUCAGGAUUCUGAAGGUGACACACCUCUUCAUGAUGCAAUAAGCAAAAAACGGGAUGAUAUGCUCUCAGUGCUGCUUGAAUCAGGUGCAGAUGUAACAAUCACUAACAACAAUGGCUUCAAUGCUCUUCAUCAUGCUGCACUGCGAGGAAAUCCCAGUGCCAUGCGUGUGUUACUUUCCAAACUUCCAAGGCCGUGGAUUGUGGAUGAGAAAAAAGAUGAUGGAUAUACUGCUUUACAUUUAGCAGCACUGAACAAUCAUGUUGAAGUGGCAGAAUUAUUGGUGCAUCAGGGCAGUGCUAAUCUGGAUAUUCAGAAUGUAAACCAACAAACUGCAUUACAUUUAGCUGUUGAGCGCCAGCACACGCAAAUUGUUCGGCUGUUGGUUCGUGCUGGUGCAAAAUUGGACAUCCAGGAUAAGGAUGGUGAUACCCCUCUUCACGAAGCCCUGCGCCAUCAUACUUUGUGUCAGCUCCGUCAACUGCAGGAUAUGCAGGAUGUGGGGAAAGUAGAUAGUGGUUGGGAGCCCUCUAAAAACACAUUGCUUAUGGGCCUCGGGACACAAGGAGCAGAUAAAAAGAGUGCUGCUUCUAUUGCUUGCUUUCUAGCUGCAAAUGGAGCCGAUCUUGCUAUUCGGAAUAAAAAGGGACAGUCACCACUUGAUCUUUGCCCAGAUCCAAACCUCUGUAAGGUCUUGGCCAAAUGUCAUAAAGAGAAAGUCAGUGGACAGGUGGGAUCACGUAGUCCUUCUAUGAUUAACAAUGAUACAGAGACUUUGGAAGAGUGCAUGGUUUGUUCAGAUAUGAAACGUGACACUUUGUUUGGACCUUGUGGACACAUUGCUACUUGUUCCCUUUGCUCACCACGUGUUAAAAAAUGCCUCAUCUGUAAAGACCAAGUUCAGUCUCGAACAAAGAUUGAGGAAUGUGUGGUAUGUUCUGAUAAGAAAGCAGCAGUGCUUUUCCAGCCUUGUGGUCACAUGUGCGCCUGUGAAAAUUGUGCAAGCCUAAUGAAAAAGUGUGUGCAAUGCCGGGCAGUUGUGGAACGAAGAGUGCCUUUUAUCAUGUGUUGUGGUGGGAAAGGUACGGAAGAUUCCAAUGAUGAUCUUAGUAGUGGAAAUAUUACUCCUCUUCAGCGAGACAAGGACAAUACCAAUGUCAAUGCUGAUGUACAGAAGCUCCAGCAACAGUUGCAGGAUAUCAAGGAACAGACUAUGUGCCCUGUUUGCCUGGAUCGUUUGAAGAACAUGAUUUUUCUCUGUGGACAUGGGACAUGUCAACUUUGUGGUGAUCGAAUGAGUGAAUGUCCUAUCUGCCGCAAAGCCAUAGAACGCAGGAUUUUACUAUAUUAAACUGAGAAAGUAUUGUCUGAGUCUAAAACGGAGCACUACACCUGUAUCAUAGUCCAAAAUAAAUUAUUUUUGGUAGUCCUUUUGUUUGUAGUAUCAUAGUUGGAUCAUAAAGUCUGGAGCCUUUAAUAUGUUAUAAUGUUACAGUAUGGGAAAUUGAAAAUUUAUAUGUGCAGUUCUUAUAAACAUCAAAAUGCCUUGUUCCGGUAAUUUGUAUGGUUGGUAUCAGCUCUCAACCUAGGCCCUGAUGCAUCCAAUUGCAUUCCUGUAGUUGAUAAAAAGGCUCUAGGCUACAAUAGGAAGAUAGUAACAAGUUUUUUUUGUCAUACCUGCUGAGUGCAUAAAAACAUUUUCUUGAUAUUGUGUACAACAGUAACUAGUUAUUUAAAUUUAUUUUAACAAAUUCACAAUACAUGCAUAAAUUCUUGAAAAUGUGUUUAGGUUUGCAAACAAAUUUCUGUUACAGAGAUGCUUAUAACUCAGCAAGACUAAUUUUCUAGAAAUAAAAAUAAUAGGCAAUGGUUUAUCAUCUGCAUGGUCCAGAAACCCAACUUAAAAAAAAAACGAAGUUAUAUUGUAAAACUAUUUAAAGUUUGCGAUCCUGUUAAUCUAUUUUAUCUGGAAUACAGGUGUUUAAAGUGUGCUGUUUUAACGAGAAUAAUACCUCAGCAAUUAAUAAGGUGCUAUUCUGUGUUAGAAUUGAGAAUUUUAAGUCAUUAAAAUGUACUUUGUUUAUGCUAUCUAAUUUUAA